GGCGCUGCUUCUGUUACGUUUAAGGAAGUUGCAAAAUUUCGGGAAAGACACACACUUUACUGGUGUGGUUUAGUCGCUGUUUUGGUUCUCAUGUGCUGUCAGUGGAAGAUAACAAACAUCUUUCAGCUGUCUCUCGCUCUGUGACUUUAACAGUAUGUCAGUGUAGCUGUCGGGUAAACUACACCCUCUGUAGUCCGACCUGUCGUUGGGCUAUGAGCAACUCAGUAACUUCCGCUACUUACAUUCGAAACAUCAGUUUCAGUUUACGUCGCAAAUUGUCCGACUUUUUGGAUCCUCAGCACAGGUGGAAAGAGGUAUGCAUGUCCAUACGGAAGCCGAGUGGGGAGAUCAGGUACACCCAGCUUCAUGUGAGGAGAUUCGAGGACCUUGUUGCCCAGGGGAGAAGCCCCACAGAUGAGCUUCUCAAUGACUGGGGCACCACCAACAGCACAGUGGGUGAUCUUGUGGACAUUUUGAGGAGUCAUAAGUUACUGGCUGCUGCUUCUCUUCUGCUACCUGUGGAAGAGCCUCCCUCGGUACAGAUAGUGUCCCCCUCUCCAGCAGACACUGAACUUCCAACCAGACUACUGGUAGAGAGAGACACACAGCUGCCACCUCUCAGCCAUGUUCUGCCGCCACAAACUCAAAAGGAGGGAAGCAAACCAGCAGAUGAAGUUUUAUGUGUGUCCCUCAUUAGGUUUCUCCAGUUUCUUGUACAAUGAGCUGAUGGAGAUUACUGGCAACUUUGAUGACCGGCCCAUGUCAGACGGUGGCAGCAGACUCGGAGAGGGAGGCUUUGGCAUCGUGUACAAAGGCCUCCUGAAUGAUAAACCUGUCGCUGUGAAAAAGCUCAAUCCAGUGGAUGACAUUUCACCUGAUGAGCUGCAAGUUCAGUUCCACCAAGAGAUCCAAACUCUGAAAUUGUUGAAACAUGAGAAUUUGGUUGACAUGGUUGGAUUUUCAUGUGACGGACAGUACCCAUGUUUGGUUUAUGCCUUUAUGGCCAAUGGUUCUUUGCUGGACCGACUAGCCUGUUUGGACUAUAGUCCUCCACUGUCGUGGCAACAGAGAUGCUUGAUUGCUGAAGGGACAUCAAGAGGCUUGGAGUAUCUGCACAGCAACCAUCACGUCCACAGAGAUGUUAAAAGUGCAAAUAUUUUGCUAGAUGAAAGAUUUGUGGCGAAGAUCUCCGAUUUUGGGUUGACGAGAGCGUCGGCUAAACGCACGUCGACAACCGUGAUGACAGAGAGGGUCGUGGGGACCCGAGCAUACAUGGCACCUGAGGCCCUCAGAGGAGAGAUCACUCCAAAAUCCGAUGUCUUCAGCUUUGGAGUGGUGUUGCUAGAAAUAUUGUCUGGACUCCCGCCAGCCAGUGAAAACCGGGAGCCACAGUUCUUGCUGGAGCUUAGGUAUGAUAUCGAUGAUGAAGAAGAGGAGCUGACUCUGGAGGACAUCAUAGACAAAAAGAUGUCAGACUGGGAGCUGAAUCAGGUGAAGAUCGUCUACACUUUGGCUUGUAGCUGCCUUCAUGAGAUGAAAAACAAAAGGCCAGUCAUCACACAGAUCCUGUCCAAAGUUGAAGGGGUUGUCAAAAGCAUUUCACUGGAUCUUCAGGCAUAACAUCCAAGAGAAGAUACAAGAAAGCCAAAGAAACAAAGGUUUCUUAAUUGGGAAAGACCAUUUUUGUUUAACCUUACCGUUCUGUUACAAAUCUAAUGUGAAAUACUUUGAACAGUCCCGUGUUUUAGCAUGUCUCAGCAUGUUAACGGCGGACAAGUAUUUCCCCGUCAGUGUUGCUAUUUUGCGUUGAUUGUAAAAGGAAUAAAAUGAGUGUGACAAAAA